AUGCCGCCCAAGGAAGAAAAAAUCCUCGCGGAUAAGGUGGUCCAGCGGCAAUCUUUGAUCGCUAUGCGAAAAGCGGUUGAGAAAUUCAUCGCUGAAUUCGAUCCAGUGCGUGACAGGUGCCAAGUGCAAGUGAGAAUCGACUCCCUAGACAAAGUGAAUACUGCGUUUGCGGAGGUUCAGGAUACAAUCGAGCGUCUAGAUAGCGAAGAUCUGGAAGAACAUCUUGCCGAAAGAGUAGAUUUCGAGCAUCGGUAUUGUACCGCAAAAGGAUUCCUGCUUUCGAAACUCCCCACCGAAGGUAAUCAAGCGCAACUGAACGCCUCGUUUGCUGCUCCGCCUGUCAACUUCCACCUCCGCUUACCGCAGAUCGACCUCCCACGUUUUAAUGGCGAUUUCUCACGUUGGUUGUCGUUCCGUGAUACAUUUUCGUCCAUGGUUCACUCCAAUGCGGACAUACCAACGGUUGCCAAACUGCAAUACCUUUUGCAGUCUCUGGAAGGGAACGCAAAAAAGCCCUACGAGUCGGUCGAUAUCGAAGCCGACAAUUACGCUUGCACUUGGGACGCACUCCUCAAGCGAUACGACAACCGUCGAUUCCUCAAGCGGCAACUUUUCCGGGCACUCUACGAUUUACCAGCGGUGAAGCAGGAGUCUGCUAAUCGCAUCCACAGCCUGAUCGACGAUUUCCAGCGCCAUGUGAAGGCCCUGAAGAAGCUGAACGAACCUGUGGAGCACUGGGACACACCGCUGGUGAAUAUUUUGUCGUACAAGCUGGACCAACCCACUUUGCGAGCCUGGGAGGAGAAGACUAGUACGCAGGAUGACGUGAAGUAUGAGGAGCUGGUAGAAUUCCUCUAUCAGCGCGUACGAGUGCUGAAUUCAGUAGGCUACGAGCACCAUCAGCAUCCAACGCCGUCGGCAAAGGUGGCCGGCAACAUUCCAAAACCCACGAAAAUCAAGUUCGCAGCCAACGCCGCUGCAUCCUCCAAUUCCUCCUCACCAUGUCUACUGUCUUGUUCCGACAAUCACGUCCUACGCAACUGCCCUAUCUUCCUCGGGAAGGAUGUACGCCUUCGCCGAGAAUUCGUCACGUUGAAGCGGUUGUGUUGGAACUGCCUGUGCAGCGGACAUCAGUCGAAGAAGUGUACGUCGAAGUUCUCAUGUCGUACGUGCCACGAAAGACACCAUUCGCUGCUUCACGAUCCUGCUUUAUCCAAGUCGUCAUCGAGUUCAACCGUGUCAUCUACUAUUCCCGUUCAACAACCGUCUCCGUCCACUAGUGUGGGCACCCGGAGCUCCGCUCCUCCCAAUGUCAGCAUGGCAGUCCGAACUGCAUGCAAUACUGUUUUGUUGGAAACGGUUGUCCUCAAUGUCGUUGAAGAUCACGUAAACGAGUACCAGGCAAGGGCCUUACUAGAUUCGGCUUCAAUGUCCAACUUCAUUUCAAAGCCACUAGCAAAGCUGCUGUUCAACCCCCGUUCGAAAGUGGACAUAUCCAUAGCAGGGAUCGGCCUCUCCACGCACAGUGUGAAAAGUGCAAUUACCGCCACCAUCCAGUCGAGAACACAGGAGUUUUCGACGAAGCUACAGUUCCUCAUUCUAAAAACUCCUUCGGCACAGUUGCCGACCAUACCACUCAACAUCUCGUCGUGGAACAUUCCCAGGGUUGGUCUCGCCGACCCUCAGUUCCACAUCCCAGGGAGGAUAGACCUCGUUAUCGGCAGUGAAGCCUUCUGGGAGAUUCAUAGUGGUCGGAAGAUUCCGUUAGGGGACGGACUUCCAUGGUUGACUGAAACACCAUUCGGAUGGGCUGUCGCUGGCACCGCAUCCAGUCAACACAAUUGUAUUCCUCGGAUCUGCAACCUUUCUACGAAAGAUGAUCCGUUAGAAGCUACGCUUCAGAAGUUCUGGGAAAUCGAGGACAUCUCUGACGGACCAGCACUAUCCGUUGAAGAAGAUCGUUGUGAGAAGCACUACGUAGCUACUACCACCCGUGAUCCUUCUGGAAGGUAUAUCGUCGGUCUUCCUCGAACCGACAAUCCCGAUUUGGUCCUAGGAAGCUCAAGGGAUAUCGCAGAUCGCCGUCUUAUGAGUGUCGAGCGGCGUCUCGAACGUGAUCCUGCCACCAAGGACGCAUACCAUCGUUUUAUGGACGAAUACCUCCAGUUAGGGCAUAUGAAGAAGCUUGUCGAUCCGGUAGACGACGAUCAACCGCACUGCUACAUACCGCACCACGCCGUCUUCAAAGAGUCAAGCACGUCUACAAAGGUUAGGGUCGUUUUCGAUGCGUCGUGCAAGACAUCCUCCGGAUAUUCAUUAAACGACACACUCUUGGUUGGACCAGUCGUUCAGGAGGAUCUGCUCUCCAUCGUGCUGCGUUUCCGCAUUCACUGCGUCGCUGUUGUCGCCGACGUGGAGAAAAUGUAUCGGCAGAUGCUCCACCCUCCGGAAGACCGUAAAUUCCUUCGGAUUCGCUUCCGGACUAACUCCAAUGAUCCUAUUUCCACCUAUGAGCUGCAGACGGUGACCUACGGCACCGCGUCUGCUCCAUACCUUGCAACGAGGACUCUGCAGCAGAUUGCACGCGACAAUAGGCACCAGUUUCCAGCUGCAGUAGAUCCAGUCAUUUACGAUUUCUACGUCGACGACUUCCUUUCGGGCGCUGAUGACGUAGAAUCUGCAAUUGAAGUGAGGCAACAAGUGACAUCGAUGUUGAAGACUGCAGGCUUUCCAAUCAAGAAAUGGGCAUCGAAUGUUCCGGAAGUUCUUCAUGGUGUUCCUUCGGAAUAUUUAGCCGUUCAACCGCUGCAUGAACUUCAGGACGAGCAGUCAGUUUCAACCCUGGGUCUCGUGUGGGAGCCGAGAACCGACGCACUACGGUUCAAAGUCCAACUACCUCCACCGGCCAUAGUCCUGACAAAGCGAAAAGUGAUGUCUUACAUCGCGCAAAUCUUCGAUCCACUUGGUCUUCGUUUAUGGGCACUGAAGCAGAAUGGGGAGGCCUGUGAGUGGGAUACAGCACUCCCAAACAAGCUACAGGAGGAGUGGAAGGCGUUUCAUAACACUCUACAUUUACUGAGCGAAGUUCGUGUCCCACGAUUUGUUUCGCUGCCAAACGCCGUCAAUCUCCAACUCCACUUCUUCGCCGACGCCUCUCAAGGAGCUUACGGAUCCUGUUGCUACGUACGAGCAGAAACCAGUGGCGGAGUAUCUGUUCAGCUACUGACGGCAAAAUCAAAGGUCGCGCCGUUAUCCAGUCGACAUUCCAUCGCCCGGCUCGAACUCUGUGCUGCACGACUAUCUACGCAGCUAUUCGAGAAGCUACGAUCUCCUCCAAGCCGUUGGAAGGCUUUCGUAGCGAACCGAGUGUCACAAAUCCAACACUCGACCGAUGUCAGUCACUGGAAGCACGUAUCCGGUCUCGACAACCCCGCUGACGAUAUUUCACGUGGACUCAGCCCUGUCGACAUGCUACAAUGCAAGCGCUGGUGGAACGGCCCAAUCUGGUUAUCACUCGAUUCAGAUCACUGGCCGAAUCUCAUUCCCACCGACGAAGAAGCAGAGACUAUCACCGAAGAACGCAAUGUGUCAUACGUUACGAUGAGCGUCAUACAGAACGAGUUCCAUGACAAUCUGUUUGCACGUUACUCCAGUUUCUCCAAGCUUCGUCGCGUUACUGCAUUCUGUUUACGAUACCUGCAAUCCUUGCGAGCACGCGCAGUACUGCGACGAACGGAUGCAGACAGCUACCACCAACUCAGUAUUCGCAAAGAUACCGUUUCUCCAGUCUCCACCGACGAAUUGCAACGUGCUGAACUUCAUCUGUGUCGGCUAGCUCAACAACAAUCGUUUCCUGCAGAGAUCUCUCACCUAUCGAGCGGUGAACCAGUCAUCAAAUCAUCCGCCAUGAAGUGGCUGAAGCCAUACAUCGACGAAGAUCACAUUAUUCGCGUCGGUGGCCGGCUGCGGAACGCCACACUCUCCGAUUACGUCAAGCAUCCUAUCGUACUCUCUGCCAAACACCCGCUGUCGACUCUGCUGGCUAGUUUCUUUCACUUGAAGCUACUGCACGCAGGGCCGCAACUCCUGCUAGCCACACUGCGCCAGAAGUUUUGGAUUCUUGGCGGCAGAAAUUUGUCCAAAUCCGUUUUCCACCAUUGCCACACUUGCUUUCGUAGCAAGCCCACACUAGUCCAGCAGAGCACAGCAGAUCUUCCGGCAUCGCGAGUCUCUCCAACUCGUCCGUUCUCCGUAUGUGGAGUCGACUACUGUGGACCAUUCCUGUUGAAGGCAACCGUCCGCAAUCGUGCUCCAACCAAGGCUUACGUGGCAAUCUUCGUUUGCUUCGCCACGAGAGCCGUCCACAUCGAGCUUGUUAGCGACCUCACAACAACUGCUUUCCUGGCAGCACUCCGUCGUGUGUUUGCUAGAAGAGGAAGAAUCGGAAACUCGGAAACUUUCAAGGGUGCUUCUCACGCACUCAACCGAUGCUACCAGAUGCUAAAGGUGGACAACAACGAUCGGGAUCGGAUCUUCAAUUGGUGUGCGGAGAACGAGAUUCGGUGGAAGUUCAUUCCGCCACGUGCACCGCACUUUGGCGGGCUUUGGGAGGCUGCCGUCAAGUCAGCAAAGAAGCACCUCCUGAAAAUAGUAGGCAACACUAACAUUGCCUAUGAACAGAUGUUGACUCUACUGGCACAGGUCGAAAUGUGCCUCAAUUCCCGUCCGCUGACUCCGAUGCCAAGUGAACCGUCCGAUCUGGAGGUCCUAACUCCAGGACAUUUUCUCGUCGGGGCCAACCUUCAAGCGGUACCCGAUGCUGAUUUUCGAGGGAUUCCUGACAACCGUCUGGAAGUUUACGAUGUGGUUCAGAAGCAUCUUCAGAACAUCUGGGCCCGCUGGUACCCGGAGUACCUUCAACAGUUGCAGUCACGGGCAACGAAAGGCUGCAAUCCCCCGGUCACUGUUGAGGUGGGCCGCAUCGUCGUCGUGAAGGAAUACAACAUCCCUCCCUGCUAUCUGGCCACUCAGGCGUAUUAUGAAGCUGCAACCGGGCAAGGACGGGGUUGUCCGCGUCGUAACUCUACGCACAGCUCCGGGGAAGGACAUCGUUCGUGCCGUAGCCAAGAUCGCUCUACUGCCGUCACCGGACCUAAGCAUCUGAAACCGUCGCUCCAGGUAGAGCAACCCGCAAGGGAGAACUUGCUCGAAGCGCACCUGCGCUUAGCACAGGAGUUUAAUUUAUUAAUUGCCCCUGCCAGUGUCGGUAUCGAUAUGAGCGAACGCUUCAAAGUGCUUCUCGGACUGGGCGGAGCGUGGCGUAGUGAAAUGCCAAUGUUUUUCGCGGCAGCCAAUGAUUCGGCGUAA